AUGACUUCUCAUACGUAUUAUGUUGACACUGAAGUUGACUUCUCCGAACAUCCUUCUCUGAACCUUUUUGACGUGCCACAUGUGGUGACAAAGUUCUAUCAGCACCUGCUUGCUUUGGCAUUUGCUGUGAAGGAGAUCAAUGAGAAUCCCAAGAUCUUGCCCAAUGUCACACUUGGGUUCCACAUUUACGACAGCUACUGUGAUGCAAAGAUGACCUACCGUACCACGCUGGACCUUCUCUUCAAGUCAGAUAGAUUUGUCCCCAACUACAAAUGCGACAGCCAGAAAAACCUCAUAGCUGUCACAGGAGGACUUGGCUCUCGUACCUCCCAUUGUAUGGCAGACAUCAUUGGUCUCUACAAGAUUCCUCAGCUCACAUACGGCUCCUUUCCCCCAAAGAUGGACAGUGAUGACACACAGCUCCCUUACUUUUACCACAUGGCUCCAAAUGCAGUCCAUCAGUAUAUGGGGAUUAUCCGGCUUCUUCAGAGGUUUAGGUGGACAUGGGUUGGGCUCUUUGUUGUGGAUGGGAACAGUGGAGAACAAUUCUUGCAGACCAUAGAAUCAUUAUUUUUCCAGAAUGGAAUUUGUUCAGCAUUCACCAAAAGAAUGCCAGAACAAACCCAACUGGAUAACCCUCUGGACAUACUUGCUAUAGCUUUACCUGUAUAUUUACCAUUAACAAAUAAAAAACCCAGUACAUUUAUCAUGUAUGGAGGAUCAAUGGCAAUUUCAACAUUCAGAACUUUUGUAUUACUUCAAGAUGUCGCCAGUUAUAACAGGACAGUAUUUGGAAAAGUGUGGAUUAUGACAACCCAGAUUGAUUUCAUUUUAACUGGCCUUCAAAGGAGUUGGGAUCUCCAGUUGUUCCAAGGUGCCCUUUCCUUUACAAUUCACUCAGAAGAGCUUCUAGAGUUCAACCAAUUCCUUCAGAACAUCCAAACACAAAGGACCAAAGGAGAUGGCUUUUUGAAGGACUUCUGGGGGCAGGCAUUUAACUGUUUCUAUCCUGAUCCACGUAUGCCUGUCAAGGAUGAUGGAACAUGUACUGGAGAAGAGAGGCUGGAAAGCCUCCCAACAGCUGUUUUUGAAAUGCACAUGACUGCCCACAGCUACAGUAUCUACAAUGCUGUCUAUGCUUUUGCUCAUGCACUGCAUGCUAUGUUCACAUCCAGACCCAAGCACAAAGAAAGUAAUAAUAUGAAGCAUCAAUCUAUGCAGCCUUGGCAGAAAGUGAGAGUUGGAAAGGUGGAUCCCAAUGAUCUAGAAGAAAGCAAAUUCACCAUUAAUGAGCAUAUGAUUGUGUGGCACAGUCAUUUUAACCAGGUGCUUCCUCUUUCUAUGUGUAAUGAUUACUGCCAGCCUGGUCAUCAGAAGAAGAAAAAGGAAGGAGAAAAGUUUUGCUGCUAUGAUUGCACCCCAUGCCCAGAUGGGAAGAUUUCAAACCAGACUGAUAUGGAUGACUGCUUCAGAUGCCCAGAAGAUCAAUAUCCAAACAAGAAUAAAAAUGGCUGCGUCCCCAAAGUCAAAACCUUUCUCUCAUAUGAAGAACCCAUAGGGAUCGCUUUAGCCUCACUUGCAAUUUCUUUUUCUCUGAUCACGGCCUUGAUUCUAGGAACUUUUAUUAAGCACAGAGACACCCCCAUAGUCAAAGCCAACAACCGGGAACUUACCUACACUCUCCUCAUCUCCCUCCUGCUCUGCUUCCUCUCUUCUUUGUUAUUCAUUGGCCAGCCUGGGAAAACGAUCUGCCUUCUCCGACAACCAACAUUUGGCAUUAUCUUCUCAGUGGUUGUUUCAUGCGUUCUGGCAAAAACUACCAUUGUUUCUCUAGCAUUUAUGGCUUCAAAGCCUGGCUCUAGAAUGAAGAAAUGGCUAGGGAGAAGACUGGCUUUUUCCAUUGUCCUUUCCUGCUCCUUUAUUCCAGUAGGCAUUUGUGCUGUGUGGUUAUCAACCUUUCCCCCAUUCCCCCAUUUAGACAUGUAUUCAGUUACUGAAGAAAUUAUAGUGCAAUGUAAUGAAGGGCUUGUUGCAAUGUUUUACUGUGUCCUGGGCUACUUAGGUCUUUUGGCCAUUGCCAGCUUCAUUGAGGCAUUCCUUGUCCGCAAGUUACCCGAUAUUUUUAAUGAAGCUAAAUUCAUAACAUUCAGCAUGUUGGCAUUUUGCAGUGUGUGGGUCUCCUUUGUUCCAACCUACCUAAGCACAAGAGGAAAGCAUAUGGUGGCUGUGGAGGUCUUCUCCAUCUUGGCUUCCAGUGCUGGUGUACUGGCUUGUAUCUUCCUUCCUAAAUGCUACAUCAUCCUCUUGAAACCUGAACUGAACUGCAGGGAGCAGAUAAGCAGAAAAUAA